AUGUUUUUAUAUAAACUCAACGACUUGCAUCUAGCGCUAGAUACAAGUUUUGAUUGGUCAAUUGAUAUUGGAAUAAAAUGGAAUGGAAGUAUUCACCGGGUUAUUGUUCCUUCACAACCACAACAACCAAAUUCAUCAUCUACAUUCAAUAGUGAUUUAUAUAUCUUAAAUACACAGGAUUAUACAUGGAUUAACUAUUUUGAUGCAUCAAAUAUCUAUAGUCCUGAUAAUUCACUUUCAUUAGGUGCAAAGAUUGGUAUUUAUAUAGCUGUAGUGGUUGCUCUUGUUGUCAUGAUGAUUGCUGGAUUUUUCAUUUAUAAGAAAUUUCAUGUUCGCAAUAAUUAUCGUAAUUCUGUUCCAACCUCUGGCACAUCACAUAUAGUUUAUUAA